AUGGUGAACGCUUUGGCGUCUUUCAGGUCGCGUACAAAUAUCCAUCCAACAUCCCCCUUUCUCCGCCUGAAAUCUCUCGCCUCUAUUCUCCGCGCCAUGAUAAUUUCCUCCUCGACUCGACCAGUUUCGGUCAAAUCGUUGGCCGGCAGCCCGCUCCGAAAACCCCAGGAUUUCCCUGAGGAUGUUGAGGAUCUCCGCAGUAUCAACAAUGACUUCCCACCCAUCGACUUUGAUUUUGAAUUAACCCCUGUUCAAAGUGUCCAUCAGCCUGAGCCUUCCUCUGUGUGCGACCCGGUCUUCCAGCAGUCUCUAUUUCCAACUUCAUCUGAAACGGCUGCAUCUCAUGGAGUGAAGAAUCCCAGCUCAGCCUUUUCGAGCUUGCCUUCCGAGAUUCAUGACAAGAUCCUGGAUUACCUCCUAAGUCGGAAGGUUUCCGUGUCCAGCCCGAGCGUGACGGUAGAUUCAUCUCCCACUAGCUGGGCUAAAGUACCUCGUUUUUCUCGUCGCAAGAAAGUGACAGAUCUGACCUUGGUUUGUCACUCGUGGAGAAGCCUCAUCCAAUCUCGUCUCUACAGGCACAUCGAACUGAAGGGCACGAAUGAUGAAAUGCUCGAAUGUCGGCAAUGGUUCCUCGAAAACACACACCUUCUUUGCUACUUCCACGCAACCCUGAAAGAAGAGCCAGCCAUCACCGGAUCUUCAUGUCCAGGACGAUGGGCUGGGAAGAUGUGCAACACCCCCCCAUAUGACAUUCCGUUUCUUCCUUCAGAGGAGAAUGCAACCAUGGAGGAGAUUUUUCAGCAUAUGCAGCUUUUUACCUCCGCACGAGUCCUCAUAUUGCAAGGUGGCCACGCAAACACCCCGCCGGCACUUCGACACUUCCGGAAUGGAGAGGAUGAUGAACCGGCUCGUAGCCUUCCAAGACUGCCACAUAUCGACACGUUUGUUAUGCGCGGUGCCUGGAAUCUGGUUCGCAAACACCACCAGUGGAAGAAUAUUGCUAGGGCCCUGCCCGCAUUACGCGAAUGGCAUGCUGUUUACCCUACUCCUCGGUCAGAUGUGGAUGAACUCAUUUGCAAAAUAUUCCAUCACCCACCAACCCACCUCCGUCACCUCAACUUGAACCUCGAAGGAACCGGCAUCGGAGAGGAGAUAGGACCUCUUCAACAGUUCCCAGAUAUUUAUGCGAUGUAUUAUUCAGCAAUUUGGAAUACCUCGCUAGAAAUGCACGGUGGCCCCCCUCGUCUUCGAUCCCUCGAACUUUCCGUUUUAAGCUGCUGCCCUCCGGAUCCUGCGUACAUGAUGGGCUAUCCAUACCCGGUUCGAGGAAUUACCGACAUCGGAUUCAUUGACGCCUUCGAAAGACUCGUCUUACAAGCAAUUGUCUGUCUAGAGUUCCUUCCGGCUCUCACAUACCUCAAUAUUCGCUUCCUCGAUGUAUCACCAUUCAUUCCUCAAGUGAAGCCGUACUUCCGACUCAACGGCAACGUCUGUACUGGUCUGUGGAGUGAUGCCAUUUUGAAAGCCUUGAAGCGAAGUCGCCCCCUCGCGAAAUAUGUCGAACUCGCCGAUGGAAUCAAGCCCUUAUUCAGCGACGAUGGGCACCUUCUAGGUAUUUCGCACAUACCCCGCCAGCCGCUGAGUAUCAAUGCUCGCAUGUAUGAGUACAUCGCCAGCUAG